AUGUCGGUAGAAAGUUUAGAUAAUGUUGAAUUUACCAAUAAUACUGUACAAAGUGACUCAGUUUUGAGAGUUGCAACCAGAUUACCUCCACUAUGGAAAAGUAAUAUAACAGUUUGGUUUAUUCAAGUGGAGGCUAGUUUCAAUGUUUCAUGUAUAACAAAUGAUGAGACGAAGUAUAACUACUUGUUAUCCGCCAUUGACGCAGAUACACUUAGCGCUGUUUCGGAUUUAAUUAUAGCUCCUCCAGAGGGAAAUAAAUAUCAAGCUUUAAAAGAUAGAUUAGUUAAAGAGUUUUCCGAUUCGCAAUCAAGCCAAAUACGGAAACUUUUGUGUGAACUUACAUUAGGUGAUAAAAAACCAUCUGUUUUACUUCGGCAAAUAAAAGAACUUUCACGAAAUUCAAUUACUGACGAAUUUUUAAAAACCAUUUGGUUAGAGCGUUUGCCAACACAUAUUCAAGCCAUUUUAUCAGCAUCAACUUCAGAGUUGACUGAACUAAAUGAUGGGGUGCGGAAAAGUCUUCAGCCGCCAUACAACGGACCUUAUGCAGUCAUCAAGCACGGCGCGAAAGUGUUCAAAGUAAUGAUAAAAGGCAAAAAUGUCACUGUGUCUGUAGACAGGCUAAAACCAGCAUUUCUGUCUGCUGACAAGGACAAUGUUAACCAACCAGAAGAAGAAAUGCGUAAAAAAGAUGAGGAAACUUCAUAUAGGACAAAAUAUGGACGAACAGUUCACUUCCCAAAGAAUUAUGGACAUGUCAUUCGUGGUUAA